AUGCACCAGCUUUAUCAAGCAGAUGGUGUGGCUGGGAAGCAGUAUAGUCACGUAAGCCUACUUCAGGAGCUCUGGGAAUGCACAUCUAAUGUUAAUAGCAUCGGGACUCGACAUAUUAAGAUAUGGAGAGUGGAAGACAGUCGGCCAGUAUCACCAUCAAAACAGCGUUUUGCUCUUGAUGGAACACCAAUACCACUACCAGCAAUACCUACCCUGAAGACCUUGACAGGAAGAAAUGUCCUACUUGGUCCUUUGGUAGAGGCGACAUUCACGACUUUGGCAGCAAUCUCGGAACAUAAAGCAAUCGUCUGCUCUGAGAAGGGGGACGUAUGCUUACUUGACGAUACAGAAGGUUCAAGACUGAUGAAGCUCGCGACCACCGGUUUCAAUAUCACAUGUAUCGCCGUGGAUACGGAAGCGAGAAGAGUACGAAUCGGAGGACGGAAUGGGAACGUGAGGUCGAUGAGCCUAGACCAUUUAUUGAAUCCUGCGACACCUCCCGAAUCUCCAACUCCUUCGGUCGUGGAGUCUAACCCGUCAAAUGACGCCGGACGUCUCUGUGCAAUGGGAUACGCCGCUAGAAGCUUGAUAACUGUCGAUUCAAAACAUUCGAUAGAGAUAUCAAUGCCAGGAUCAGAUGAUGCGGAUCCCCAAAUGCAGAACACACCAUUUCCAGCGCAUGGUGACUCGGUACUUGGUGUCAGGCUGCUCUCACCCGACAACGAGAUGAAAGCUGCAUUUCUAACCUGGUCUGCAAAUGGUACUGUCGUCUUCUGGGAUCUAGAUGGUAGCAGUAAAGCUUCCUUAGCAGUGGAAGUAGAACAGCUCCCAGCAAACGAGGAAGAACUUCCGAACCAGUGUCAAAUUGUGCGCGCUUCGAAAGGAGUCGCAUUUCUGGUUACUGGAGAUAGGUAUGGGGUAUUGAGAGUGAUAAACCCAGUUACCCAGAGCUGUGUCUUCGAAACGAGGGCUCAUAUGUCGAACAUUCAAGAUAUUGCAAUCUACGAAACCGAAGAUUGCACAUUAAUAGCAACCUGUGGUAGAGAUCGUACAGUCCAGCUGUUCCGGUUGAUGUCAGAUCAAUGGGUUCUGAUGCAGACACUGGACGACCACUCCGCCAGCGUUUGCGGCCUGUUCUUUGCAGAGAAUGGUGAGAAGUUGAUCUCUUGCUCUACAGACAGAACAAUUCACAUCAGACAGAUAGUGAAGAAAGAUGUGGGUGGUCAGGAGGUGAUGGGAGCGGUACCGGUCCGCAUCAUCACACUCAAGGCAACUCCAGUAUCGAUGGCUGCCUGUUUUGCGGAUCAGAUGGGCAACUUUGUGGUCUCUUUACUGGACAGGACUGUGGCAACCUAUGAGAUAUCUAGUGGGCGACUUAUCAGUUCCUUCAAGGUUAGCGAUAACGAGGCACAAGAUGCUGUGGUGUUGGAUUCUCUGGUUAUGGGCAUGCCGAGCGUUUCCCCUGGACGGCCAACCAUACUUGCCGGAGUUUCGAGUACAGACAAGUCGGUCAGAAUAUAUGACGGAAACACAGGCUCUUUCCUGGACAGAGAAUGGGGACACACAGCUAGUGUCACUGAUGUGGCGUUGCUCGAAAUCCCUGAUUCUGACCAGAAAACUCUUAUCAGUACAGGAGCUGAUGGGACGAUCAUGAUCUGGGAUCUUUCUCCCAGGACACCUGAAUUUCCGGAACCAAUUGACGCGAAUAUAAAUCGUGAUCCAUCUCCUCCCAAGGACACAGCGUCGAGUCGGCCGCCGCUCAGACGAGUACUUUCAAAGGCAGAAUUAGCCGAAUUUCAGCGAGCCUCACCUCUUUCGACACCAACAGGUAAUCGUUCACCACCGAGAGCAGUUCGAAGGAAAACAUCGAGAUAUGGACUCUCAACGCAAUCUCCUACACUGGCCCCACCUGUGCCUACCGUAAACUCGAAGCAUUUCGUCUCUGCGUCUGACGAUUCAGGUAUCCGCCGUACGGUUCGAAAUCGAUCACGGAGCCCACCAAGUCCGAAAGGAAAGGAUAUGAGACGUCCGUCACUUGCCUCGCUUGACUCCCGAGGAAGAACAAAGAGUACAGGAAACUUUAGUGAGUUCGGCACAUUAAAUAUGGCGACAGAGCAAGCCUGUCGAACACUUCGAGCAUAUCGGAAGAAACUGCUCUCAUCCGAAACAGUAAGGGAGGAAGCUUUGCAGGAAUUGGACCAAGAGCUGCGCCUCACGGCAAUGGCAUUAGGGGAGAAGAAUCUGAAGGCAAAAGCCAUCAGCGAGACAGUCCUGACAGGAUUGCUAGAUUCGUACUCUGACAGACUGGUUUCAUUAUUCGACGAGAAACUCAGGUUAUCACGACAAGAUUCGAACGAGUUACCGAUUCCAGAACUUGAAGAACGACCAAAGACAGCUGGCACUAUACCACUUGCUUCGCCAGCAGCAAUAACUUAA